AUGGCGAACUCCAAAGACUGUGCUACGGCACUUGCAAGUGCUGAACAGCGCUUUAACGACCGGAACCCGAAGAGUUUCGAGUAUCACCAGUCUGCCGUGGAGAGUCUUCCUGGCGGCAACACCCGCUCUUUGCUUCACACGGCCCCCUACCCAGUGGUCAUGAACCGUGGAGAGGGCAGCAAGCUAUUCGACCUGGACGGCCACGUAUACCAGGACUUUGUGGGCGAGCUGACUGCCGCCAUCUACGGACACUCGCACCCCCGGAUCAAGGAGGCCAUGAUGCAUGUGCUGGACAAUGUCGGACUCAGCCUAGGCGCGACCAACGUCUACGAGAAGAAGUACGCCGAGCUGCUGUGCGCGAGGUUCAACAUCCCCACUGUGCGCUUCGCCAACUCGGGCACCGAGGCCAAUCUGCACUGCGUCGCGGCGGCCAGGCGCUUCACCGGCCGGCGCAAGGUGGUAGUGUUUAGAGGCGGCUACCAUGGCAGCGUCCUCUCCUUUGCAUUUGGAGCGGCUGCGAACAACGUGGACCCGCAGGACUGGCUGGUUUCGCAGUACAACGACAUCAGAGCCCUCGAGAGAGUCUUUGAAGAACACGCGGACAUUGCCGCCGUGCUGGUCGAGGCUAUGCAAGGAUCCGGGGGCGGCCUGGCAGGGAGCCAGGAAUUCCUGCGCGCGAUACGACUGUUCAUCCUGGACGAGGUGAUGACUUCCCGGCUGCACCCGGCGGGUCUGGCCGCGACGCUGGACGAGGCGCCGGACAUGAAGACCUUUGGCAAGUACCUGGGCGGCGGCAUGCCAUUUGGGGCCUUUGGCGGCCGGCAGGACAUCAUGGCCGUCUACGAUCCGCGGCAGAGCGGCUCUCUGGCGCACUCGGGGACAUUCCAGAACAACACGCUCAUGCUCAACGCCGGCUACACGGGCCUGAAGGAAAUCUACACGCCGGCAGCGGCCGACGCCCUUAACCAGCGAGGCGAGGAGCUGCGGAACAAGCUGCUGGCGGUGUUUGCGGGGACCAAGUUCACGGUGACGGGGGUGGGCUCCCUCAUGUGCAUCCACUGCACCACGACGGGCGUAGGGGCAGACGAGAUUCACUGCAAGGACGACUACUGGCCGCACGACUAUGCCGAUCUCAAGCGGCUGUUCUGGCUGGAGAUGCUGGAGGCGGGCUACUGGAUUCACCAGCGUGGGAGUAUCGCCUUGAUGUUGACCAUGGAACCAGCCGUGAUUGAUGACUUUGUUGGGCAGGUCAAGGAAUUCUGUAUCCGGCACCAGCGACUGGUUGCCAAGCAUGACUAG